AUGACCAGGCAAUUUACGAAUGAUGCGAAUGUCCAAAAAACAGUCCAUUCGGACUUCGACGUCGAGCAUAUCCUAGCUCUACUGACUGUUGACGAGAAGAUCGCUCUGAUCUCCGGCACCGACCCCUGGCACACUGCACCCAUACGUCGCCUUGGUAUUCCUUCAAUUCGUCUAACCGACGGGCCCAAUGGCGUGAGAGGAACCAGGUUUUUCAACGGCGUUCCUGCGGCCUGCUUCCCAUGCGGAACCGGCCUUGCAGCUACCUGGGACACCAAACUAGUCCAAAAAGGUGGGAAGUUACAAGGAAAAGAGGCCAUUGCCAAAGGAGCAUCUGUUAUAUUGGGGCCCACAACCAAUAUGCAACGAUCUCCAUUGGGCGGCAGAGGUUUCGAGUCUUUUAGUGAAGAUCCAGUUUUGGCUGGGAACAUGAGUGCUGCAACUAUCGCCGGUAUCCAGUCUACGGGGGUAGCGGCUACCCUGAAGCAUUUUGUUUGCAAUGACCAGGAGCAUGAGCGUCAGUCUGUGGAUGCUGUUGUAUCGGAGCAGGCUUUGCGAGAGAUUUAUCUUAUGCCCUUCCAAAUCGCGCAAAGAGACGCAAAGCCUAUGUGUUAUAUGACAUCAUACAACAAAGUCAACGGAACACACGCGAGUGAGAGCAAAGAACUCAUAAAGGGUAUCUUGAGGAAGGAAUGGGGCUUCGAUGGCAUGGUGAUGUCUGAUUGGUUUGGAGUUUAUUCCAUUGCCGAGUCGAUUCAAGCCGGCCUUGACUUGGAGAUGCCAGGGCCCUCUUACAUGCGUGGAAAACUGGUGAAGCAAGCUCUGGGAUGUGGUAGACUGCUACCCUUUGAACUUGACCAAUGUGUAAGAGAGGUGUUGAAGCUUGUGAAGAAAGUUCUCCCUCUUGGGAUUCCGGAAAACGCGGAAGAGUUGACUGCCGAUACUCCUGAGACAUCAUCGUUGCUUCGUUCUCUGGCCUCGUCAAGUCUGGUAUUGCUCAAAAAUGAUCAUGAUAUUUUGCCAUUCAAGAAGAACAGGACCACCGCUGUUAUCGGCCCAAAUGCCAAUUUUGCAGCAUAUUGCGGCGGUGGCUCCGCAGCACUCAAGCCUUAUUAUGCGAUUAGUCCUCUCGAUGGACUAAGAGCUCAAGUCCCAGAUGUCCAAUAUUCUUUGGGAGUUCCGGGUUGGAAGAAAAUGCCUCUUCUGUCUCGGCUAACCAAAGCCAGCAACGGUCUAGAAGGGUUUGAUAUGAAAGUCUAUCUCGAGCCACCGUCGAAAGAGGAUCGGGAAAUAGUUGACUCGCUGUAUGUCAAUACAGGAGACAUUUUCCUCGCAGAUUACAAACACCCCAAAAUCGAAAGCAAUCUGUUCUAUCUAGAGCUUGAGGGCACACUCACACCAGAAGAGACUUCAGACUAUGAGUUCAGUCUUUCGGUAUCGGGAACCGGCAAAGUAUUUGUCGAUGGUCAGUGCGUUGUCGACAACGAAACUGUGCAGACCCCUGGUGAUAGCUUCUUUGGCUCCGGAACAAUCGAAGAAAUUGGAACCAUCAAAUUGGACAAGGGCAAGACCUAUAGAAUCAAAAUCACAUUUGGUACACUGCCAACCAGAACUUUCAACGUUGCAGGAGCCACCUCCUUCGGUGCUGGUGGUCUUCGAGCUGGUGGUGUUCCAACAAUCGAGAUCGAGACCGAAAUCCAAAAGGCAGUCUCAUUAGCCAAGAGCGUUGAUCAGGUUAUCCUCUGCGCCGGACUGAACAACGAUUGGGAAAGCGAGGGUUACGACCGGAGUACCAUGGAUCUACCCCCGGGGACCGACAAGCUCAUCGCUGCAGUGGUAGCGGCAAAUCCCAACACAGCUGUGAUCAUCCAGUCAGGGACCCCCGUGACCAUGCCAUGGCUCAAUGAUGUCUCGUCGUUGGUUCAGGCCUGGUACGGCGGCAACGAGACUGGGAAUGCCAUCGCGGAUGUUGUAUUUGGUGCGGUGAACCCGAGUGGCAAGCUCCCGCUUAGCUUCCCGCGCCGCAAUGAAGAUAACCCGGCGUUUUUGAACUUCCGAAGUGAAAGAGGGAGCACCAAAUACGGUGAAGGUGUCUUUAUCGGCUACCGCUUCUAUGAAAAAUGCAAGAAGGAAGUUGCAUUCCCAUUUGGGCAUGGGCUGAGUUACACCACCUUCAAGUUGAGCUCGAUUUCUCUCCAACAAACCGAGGAGGAGAUUUUGGUCACUGUUGAUGUCCAGAACACUGGAAACAUUGAUGGUGCGGAGGUUGUCCAGGUCUAUGUUUCCCAACAGACUCCGAGUAUCAAUCGACCACUCAAGGAGCUCAAAGGCUUUGAAAAAGUGUUCCUCCGUGCCCAGCAGACUGCAACUGUGACUGUCAAGAUCUUGACAAAAUAUGCUACCAGUUUCUGGGAUGAGCAUAGAAACGCGUGGGUUCAAGAGACUGGCCGUUACAGUGCUCAAGUUGGGACAUCUAGCGCUGAAAAUCCACUAUCAGCCGACUUUGAGGUUGGACAAACUACGUGGUGGAAUGGCCUAUAA